UUUUCAAUUUUUUGAUAAUGGGCAUUCAGCAAGAUUAGUGUUCUAUAUACACAGUGAAGUUGUUAGAUUUCAAAUGAAAGUUUCAAUAUUGGAGUAUUGAGAAUAUAAAAACUGAAUAUGUGCAAAUGUGCUGUUCAAAGGAGAAGUUGGAAGUAUUUCUAGUAGUGAUAAUGUGAAGUUUACUAUUUGAAUCUUUUGUGAAAGAAUCAUUGAAAUGGAAGAAGAAAAACCACACAUUUGCAGAUUAUGUCUGACAGCAGUUUCCCAAAGUUUUUAUUAUCUCAGUGGGGAUAGGAGUGAUAUGAUUCAAAUAAUUCUUCCUAAUGUUAAUUUAGAUGUUUGCGAAAAUGUGAUAGUAUGUGAAGAAUGUGACCGUAGUCUUCAAGAGGCCUUUUCCUUCAAAACGGCAUGCCUUGAAAUUGAAGAUAACAUUCAUAACUAUACAAAUGAUGGAACGACUCAAGUGGAUUUGGAGAAAGUACUUGGAUUAGAACAAACUAAUGAAGAAAGUUUGAUGAAAAUAUGCAGAACCUGUUUAGAAUUAGUGGAUUGGGACUCGUGUGAGUGGUUGAUACCGGAUAAUAAAUGUUUAUUGACACAAAGAUUUCAAAAAUGCAUCCCAGAAAUGGAUUUGGAACUUACCAAAAACCCUAUUUUAUGUCAAACUUGCUUAAGGUCAAUGAAAAAUCAUUUCAGUUUCAUUUCACAAUGUAUGGAAAAUGAAGAAAAAAUUAUGAAUUACAUAAAAACUAACCCACCUGGAAAUUUUAAUCUCUUUGACCUUCACCAGUUGAUCAUUUCGAAGACAGAACCUCCAGAAGUAAUUGAUUAUUUUGGAACCAUUUAUAAAACGGAACUGGAUAUUUGUGCGGACCAAAAAGUAGAAAGGGAAGAAACGGAAGAACCAAUGGAGUUUGAGGUUAGUACAGAUUCAAGUGAAUGCAAUUCUGAUGAAAAUAUGGAACAGGAGAGGAAAAAUCAGAGUCCUGAUAGUUUGACUGAAAAUGAACAUAGUGAAACUGGAAAAAAUAAGGUCAAAUCAGUUGUGAAUACUGAGUCAAUGUUGAUCGUUGAGCCAAUAUCAAAUGUUGAACCAACAUCAAAUGUUGAACCAACAUCAAAUGUUGAACCAACAUCAAAUGUUGAACAUACACUAAGGGUUGAGCCAACAUUGAGUGUUGAAAAAUCAAUCAAUGUAGAGUCACCAUCAAAUAUAGAGCCAACUUUGGAUGUUGAUAAAAUAUCAAAUAUUGUGGCACCAUCAAAUGUUGAGUCACAGUUGAAUAUGGAACCAACUUUCAAUGUUGAAAAUGACACAAACAAUAUGUAUAUGGAAGUAAGUGCUGGUAACAAUCCUGUUGAAAAAAAUGUUUUUAAUCUCGAUAGCGACUUCAGUGAUGGUGAAAUGAAUGAUGAUCUACUAAAUGACGAUCACGGUAGUGAUGUUAGUAAUGAUCUUGAUGAUGGAGCAAAUGAAGAUCUAGAAAAUAACUUGGGAAAUAAUCUCGAUAAAAAUAUUGAUAGCACCUCUCAUUCUGAACCGAACGAUAAUGCCAGUAGUGACGUUGGAGUAAAUAAUGACACCUGUAUAGAAAGUGGUAAUGACAUUGUCACUGAUCAAAUUGAACUUCAUAAUGCUCCUAUUGCUGACCAAGGGAACAAUUCUAGCACUGAUCCUAAGGCUGCUAAUGUAGAUCCUAGUCCUUCUCUUGGUGAAAACAUAAACAAUGUUCCUAGUGACCCUCCCAAUGAAGACCUAAUUUCCAAAACCAGCACCGAAUCCAGCAAAAACAAUAGAGAGGAUGACGAGGUAGAAAUAGUUUCUGUAAACAGUAAUAUUAUUGAAAUUGAUCUGACCAGUGAUGCAGAGCCAACGGAAACUGUUAAGAUUAUAUCAAAUCCACAAUUGUGGAAGACAUCUGUAAAGAAAGAACCUGGAACUGCUUCUUCCAGUGGAGAGAGUGAAAGAUCUGAAGGUAAUGGUAAGAGGAAACGAAGGUAUAAUACUCGGUCGAAGAAUCGUUUAAAAAGGAGGAUUAUUGAGUCAAGUGAUGAAGGGGAUAAUAACGACAAUGAUCCUGAUUUCAGAGUUGGGAUCGGUGGUCAAUCUGACUCUGAUGAAGAACCUAUUGCUGAACCAGCCAGGAAGAGGAACCCUACUCAAAGCCAAACAGCAAAGAAAAACUCCCCGAGUCCCAGAAACCUUCCAGGAAUUGUGUUACCAACAGGACUACCUUCAGCGAAUCUAUUGGCACCUGGAAUUCAACAAAAUAAUUGGGUCAACUAUCAAUCAUUUAUAACUCCUGACGGAAACCGGUAUGUGGGAAUACAACAGUUUUUCCCUAUACCAGCAAAUGGAAUGAUUGCGGAUAAUUUAGCCGCAAUGAGUAAUAUGGCUACUCUGGGUCAGAGGCUGCAGAAUAACCGAGUGGCACCGGUUUUUCCUCAAAUAUUACCUAAUACACAAAUAAUAGGAACACCCCAAGGAAACAUAUUGAGGUAUAGUGAAAAUUCUCAAACAGUUGGACGAUAUUCACAACCCACUUCCACGACCCUAGGAACCAUAGCAAAUCAGUUGAGCAUUCAGUCGAGUGGGAGCAGUGUGAAUGAUGACAGUAAUUCGUCAUUAGUUAGUGAUGUAAUAAAGCUACUUCACAGCAAUGAAGUGAAGAUAACACAAUUGCCCGAUGAGAUUCCAAACAG